AUGCCGUCGUUCUUUAAGUAUGCGACCGCGGCUCUGGCUGCGGCCGCCCCGUUCGUCUCGGCCCAGACUCACAGUGACUGCAACCCGAUGAAGAAGUCCUGCCCCCCUAACAAGGGUACUACCGAGUCUCACAUCACCUACGACUUUACCAAGCAGGAGAAUGUCGACAAGUGGAAGACCACCGGCGGUAAGGUCAAGACUGGCGACCAGGGUGCCGAGUUCACCGUCGGCAAGAAGGGCGAUGCCCCGACCAUCGACACCCCCUUCUACUUCUUCUUCGGUGAGCUCACCGUCAAGAUGAAGGCUGCUCCCGGCACUGGUAUCGUCAGCUCCAUUGUGAUGGAGUCGGAUGACCUUGACGAGAUCGACUGGGAGGGUCUGGGUAGCAAGAACGACAAGAUCGAGACCAACUACUUCGGCAAGGGUGACACCACCACCUACGACCGCGAGACCUACCCGCCCGUGUCUGACCCGCAGGGCACCUGGCACGAGUACAAGAUCGUGUGGGCCGAGGACCACAUCACCUGGAAGAUCGACGACAAGGAUGUGCGCACUGUGAAGAAGGCCGAUGCCAAGGGCGGCAGCCGGUUCCCCCAGACGCCCAUGCGUGUGCGCAUCGGCGUGUGGGCCGGCGGUGACCCCUCCAACGGCCAGGGCACCAUCGAGUGGGCCGGUGGCUCGACCGACUACUCCAAGGCUCCUUUCACCAUGUACGUCAAGGAGGUUCAGAUCAAGAAUGACAACCCCGCCAAGUCGUACGAGUGGACCGACAAGUCUGGCGACGCCAAGAGCAUCAAGAAGAGCGGCGCCACCUCCCGCGACGAGUCCUCCAGCUCCAGUUCCAGCUCGUCCGACUCGUCUUCUUCCACCGACAGCUCGUCCAGCGCCAGCUCCACCAUGGCCACCACCACCAAGUCGUCUGGCUCCAAGUCCACCGGUUCGGGCUCCAGCUCGGCCGCCGACUCCUCGAGCUCCGGCGGCAGCUCCAGCUCGGACUCUGCCUCUGCCUCUGGCUCUGGCUCCCCGUCGAGCUCGGGCUCGGGCUCCAGCACCAGCAGCAGCGCCAGCCCCAGCUCGUCGUACAACGCCGCCGCCAACAUGGCCGCCACCUACGUGGCGCCCCUGUCGCUGCUGGCCAUCCUCACGGCUUUCUUCCAGCUGUAA